AUUAUAAUAAUUAUUAGACGUUGGCACACAAUCCACGGUCGGUUAUUUGUUGAGAAAGUCGACAUUUUUCACUUCUGUUCUGUGAUGUUGCAAACGUCAAAUGUUUACCUAGCGCCACCUGUAGACGUCCGCUAUAAUAGUAACAACAACAUUAUUGUCUCGUUGCAAAUACAAUUAUUUUUCCGCUGAUAAUAAUAUAAACACACCAGAAACGAUGGACUUCCCCCAUUGAUAACGCUGUCGCUGUAUUGAUUUUACUGUAAUACUAUAACUCAGGACCGUGUUUCUUAGUGGAAUUGUGUUAUUAUUAUUAUUGCAUAAUUAUAAUAUUUAAAUGAAAAGUUAAUUGUUGUCGUCGGUCGUUUACCGUUUUUCGACGGAGAGCUUCCUACAUUGUAGUCGACUGUCACAGUGGAUGGGCAGAGCAGAGUUUUUGCACUACCUUGUGUGGGCUGUAGCGAGGAAAAACAAGAGGUGGCGCACGUACAACAAUAAUUUUUGUGCGCCUCUCAAAAUUCAAAUCACGGACAAAUAAUAAAUAUUGCCGGCCAGCAUAUCGACGCACAUCACUCGGAAUAUUAUGAAAGUAGUGAAUACCGUUUUAUCGCCACAGCCAACGGUUGCACGACGUCACAUACGCGACAAUCGUUUCGGACCACCGUAAACGUCCAAGUGUCACUUGACAAUGACUAAUGGAUAUUGAUCGCUCCAUAAAUGGCUGGUUCAAAAGAAUAAGCUCGAUACAGAAAAGAGCCGACCACUAUAAGCUGCAACAAGACAUUCUUUCAUCGUUAUCCGACAAGGACGGCUGGGACGUUUGCAUCAAAUCGAAAGGACUGAUAUUUGGUGCACACACUUGCAUUUUACGCUGUCGUUGUCCUCGGUUCUACCACGAAGUAAUAAAAAAAUUUGAUCUUAGCGAUUUACCACUCCACUUGUUAGAACGUGUAUCGCAUUUCAUUAAGUGUUUAUACUCUGAAAACGAUAUUACAAGUAGUGAAAAUGAACUAAUUGAAUCGGUCAAGGCGUAUUAUGCCGAUAAAAGUCAACUUUCAAUUAUCGAUACAUACAAAUCUAAACCCAUCUCGUGUGAUAUAAAUCGUUUGUAUUAUUCUUUGUCGCAUGUCGAUGAUUUUUCAUCAAGCGAAUUUAGUGAUUAUGAGCAAAAUGCGUACGACGACAUCGAAUCAGUUAUUGUAAAUCAGGCCAUUAUUGGUCGACCUAAUAAACGCAACAUGAACGUUAAUUUGGACGCUCUUAACAAAACAUGCGAGUCACAACCAAAUGAUGCUAAUGAGUGUUCAGAUUCUCUAGUUAGUAAAGCGGACAGUUUUUUAGAAGAUUGUUUAGCAGAUUGCAUUAUUGAUGCUUCGAGUUUGGGCGACGAAAUAAAAUUAAAGGCGAGUGUAAAAUGUGAAACCGAGAAUGAUGUGUUAGAAAACACUUUCAACGAUACCAAAAUAAUUAUAGAACCUAAAGUUUCUUCAAAUUUCGUAGCAGAAAAACAAAAUGAUUUACUAGAUUUAACGACCAAUGUUCAAGAACGUAAGGCCACCCAAUUAGUUGGACAAAGUUUGAGUGAUAAUAAUGAAGGCUGUAAUUUCAAUUUGGACAACAAUAUUUUAGUUCAAAAUUCAGAUGAUAUUAAAAAUGCAAUUAACAAAGACGAAAAUACUGAAAAAUUGUCUGAAACUACAGUGGACGAGUUUGAUGUUAUAUCGCCUAGUAAUUUUGAAACGUUUACUGUUAUAAAAAAAGAAACUGAUACCAAAGAACCAACCUUAGUAGAAAACAAUAAUUCACAUGCACAAUAUAAUAGUAAAGAAAAUAGUGAAAUAUUAAACGAGCCGCUUGACUUCCAAACAUUCACAGUUGUAAAUCAGAAUAAUGAAAUACAUGAUGCCGAGACCGCCGAUUAUAAAACGUUUACUGUUGUCAAUACAGUCAGUACCCCAUUGUCUUCUCCUAAUGAACAACGUCAAGAAUCUUCAUUGAUAUUAUUAAACAACAAAACCCUUUCGGAAGAUACUAAGGUUUUAAAUACAGAUACAAUGUGUGUAAUAGCAGAUGCGCCAUCAAAUUUUGAAACGCUUACAUUAAUAACUCCGUCAAUUGAUCGUAACACAGAAUUAAAAAAAGAUGUUGUUAAAGAGUUACCAGUGUCCAAAAUUGAAAAUACAAUGGUUAUUCCGCCGUUUAAAGAUAAAAUUAAUCACAACAAAUUCCUUUGUGAGCCUGAUACCUGUGAAAAAGAAACUAGUCCAAGUCAAAGACGUGACUACCAAAAUGAUUUACAGCAAACAUUUACAAUGUCCAAUGACAGUGUUACACCUAUCACUAAUGUAGAACUGUUGAAAAAUACCAACUCGGUCAACAAAGAAACUUCUAACACAAACAGAAAAAAUUUGUCUGGCAGUGAAAAUCCAAGUAAACAAACCAAAACACAAAUGGAAAGUACCGGUGAAUCAGAUAGUACUCUUAGUUUACAUUUGGAUGUUAUAGAAUCUAAUAAAAAGGGACUGAACUCGCCUGAUUCUUUGAACGACGACAACGUGUUUGGCAAAGAUGAAAAACCCGUAGUUUCGAAUAAAUUAGAAUUUGUUCCUUUGGGUGCGGAACUAAUCAAAGAUAAUAGAAGUCCUCGUUUGUCCAGAAAAUAUAUGGAAUGUUCACCUGUGAUAUCAGCCAACGCUUAUGUUCCCGAGGAAGAAAAAACUAAUACUGUUGAUGAAAAUAAUAGUGAGCGAAAAAAUUCAAGUUCAUUUUUCAUUGAUUUUAACCCGGGCAAACCAAAAAACCGACCCAAACGAUUUGAAAGCGUGACCAAAUCAUUGGAUUCAAGUACUACAGCUUCGAAUAAAGAAAAAAUAUUUUCAAUGUUCAUUGACUUCAACGAAGAUUCAGAAUCUAGCGAGUCUUCAUCCAAAGGUAUGAAACAUCGUAAACCCCAAACACUAGCCGACCGAUUUGUUCGUAUGCACAGUGAAGAUGCCUCGAUCAAAACCAACGAACCAGAUAACACAGUGACUCCUCCGCCUAGUCGAAUGACAUCAACUGUGGACAAUUCGUCAGUCGACAUUACCGAGACGUGUAAAAAACAAAGUGUUUUCAUGUUUAUCGAAAACGAUAUGCCAGCAGUUGUGAAACGAAGAUCGCUGCCACAAAGCUCUAGACUAAAAUCACAACGCAAUUCUUGGAAUGUUGACAGCACCGUUACUCACAAAACACAUCAAAGAACUCAUAGCGUAAAUUUGUCCGAAGAUGGGCAAUUCGAUUCCCGAAUGACUAAAAGUCAUAUCGAAACUGGAACCAAAGAAAUAAAUACACCAUCCGAUGUGUUUAGCGUAGAGUGUAGUGUUAGCGUUACCGUUAACGGUACAAAAGACAGUGGUAUUGGUUUGGUUGAACAAGAUUCUUUUGUACGUUUAUCUGAUAUGGACAAAGCACCUUCCCAAGAAGUCAUUAACAGUUUAACAAGAAGUGAAACAAGACCAGAGUCGACUAAACGAAAUUUGAAAAACACAGAAUUGGGUCGAUGUCUAAAACGAAUGUUCCCUUAUUUAAAAAGCACAGAAAUAGAACGUAUAUUGCAUUCAAAAUCCCCUAAGUCGCUUGACUCUAUUGAAGAAGUAAAAUCUGGCCUCGGACGAGAUCUCCUCCGAAUGUUCUUAGAAGAAAUUGGGGCCGACACAACAAUUGAUAUUAACGGAAGGCGAAUUAGAGCUCAUAAAUGUGUACUUACUUCGAGAUGUCAAUAUUUUGCAGCUAUGUUCAGUGGCGGAUGGGUGCAAAGUGCCGGAAAUGUAUUGUACUUAAAAGGUUUUUCCUACAAAACUGUCCAUUUAACACUCCGAUACAUUUACAGUGGAGAAUGUAAUUUCUCAGAAAUAAAAAAUGUUGCCGAACUGUCGAAAUUAGCCGAUAUGUUAUGUCUUGAAGGAUUAAAAGAUAACAUCAUGUUGUAUCUGGCAGCAGAGUAUUGUCAUUUUUUUAAAGAAGUAUGUGACCGGUGUACGAUAGGAAUUCUAGAAUGUCUGACACUGAGCGUUGCGUAUGGUCUUGAUGACCUUUAUUUAUCAUGCAUAGUUUGGAUCAAUGACAAUUUCUCGGUCGUCUGGCCGUCCAAACAUUUUGUGGCGCUGCCUCAGGAUCUUAAAACAAAAUGUUUCAAACACAAAGUUGCCCAUAUUGAUGAUUUAAACGAUGUUCUGAGCGUUACUAAAGGCUGUGAAAAAAUAAAGAAAACAAUUCCUAAUGACGAAUGGGCUAAAGAGCUAAUAGACCUAACGACGGAACUAUCAAAUAGCGUGAUAAAAUAUUUAGCCAAAAACUUUUAUUCUACAAUUACAUCAAAAUAUUUUAAACAAAUACUAGAAACUGAAAAUUUAUUCGUCGAUAGUUUUGCCACACAUUUAUUGGCUUCUUGUAAUUGUGCUAACAGAAAUCAAAUACGACAAGCAUAUGACCAUUUGAACAAAUCAUUGUCUAAUAAUUUCUGGCAUUCACAAGGAGAAAUUUUAGUUAAUGCGAUUAUGGAGUUAAUAGUCAAAGGUUUAGCGGGCGAUUUUAGAACUGGACGCGAAAGACAAGCGAUCGGCAGUCUCCCGAAUGAUCACCGUAUGUCUGAUGCUCUCGCUAAGUGUAUCGCUGAUGAGUUGGGUGUACCCGAAACGGAUAUAAUUCCAAAUAGUAAUUUGGUCACAUCUAGUCCGGCCAAAAAGACAGUAAUGACUGCUAAACCAGUAAACAAAACGCCAGAAGUCAAGACCAAAAUUAAACUUGUUGAAAACACUCCAGUCGCAAAGCCAGUGAAAACUACUCAAAAAUUUGCUGAGGUUAAAUCCAGGUAUAUGGAACCGAAACCCCAAUACACUUCACCAACGCCUCAGAAAAUGUUGGCUAUCCAUAAGAAUUUACCUCGCGGUCGUCGUAUUAACACAUCAACAUCGUUGACGUCAUCGCCAAAUGUCAGGAACACUAUGCCUAACGUUAGAUUAUCUACAAAUCGUGUAGACACUGGUUUGAAAACUAAAACGCCGUCGGAAGUGUCGUUGACUACUCCCAAAACAAGACCGAGAAUGUCAUUGCCUAAAACUGAUCCUCCGCCCACCACUCGAGAGUCAAAUAUAGUAUCGAGAAGCACGCCGCGCUCUACUCGAAGGCCUGUCACAAACAUCAACAUUGUCAACCGAAAAACAUCAACCUGUGAAAAAUCGAUGAAUAGUGUCAAGAAACAAGUAAUACCGCCAAAGACUAAAACAUUACCAAAUGGUCAUCCCACUAUCGGAUCCAGAUCGGGUACGUUUUGCAAAGACGAACCAACGGUUCUUCAUAGUAAAGACAUUACGACAUAAUUAAAAAAAAUACUCAAUCCAUUUAUUGUUGAAAUAUACAUAAAAAAAAAAUUUAAUUAUUGAUACUUAAUUUAAACAACAAACUUGUUAUCUAUUUUUUAUGCAUUUCUCUUUUUUUUCUAUUUUAGUUAGCCUUUAAAAUUUAAAUUUAUCCUUUUAAGUUUUUUUUUUAAAAAUAUUUUUAUAAACUUUGAUGAAAUUAUUUUAUUACUUUAUAUAGUCUAAUGUUCAUUAUUAUUUAUAAAAAUAAUUUAUAUUACAUUUUAGGUGUAUACUAUGCCAAAUAAUUUUCUGAUAAUCCUAAUCGAUCAGUCAUGUAGUUGAAUGAUACUAAUAAUAUUACGCUUAAAGUUGAAUUUAAACAUUUAAUCUUUAUAGUUCAUGCACUAUUAAUUAGAUUAUAUUUUCGUUUGCAUAAUAAUUUUUAUUUGCCCUACUUUGUAUUUUAUAAUAUUUGUUAUUAUUCAAUAGUCAAAGUAAAAAAGAAAAUUGUAUUCCUUUAAUUUCCCAUAAUGAUCUCUAAUCAAAUAUUUA